AUGCUCCUGCUCUGCAUAUGGGCUGGGAAGAAAGUAGAUUGUGAGAGCAUCUUCGAUACCCGGCGCACCAACAAAGGAUUCUGUUGCACUUUUAACUACGUUCGUGAUUAUAACGCUAGUGAAAAUCCCACAAAAGUAAAAACCGAAACAAAACGUCAACAUUAUCCCGGUCCCGUUUACGGAUUAAAUGUAAUAAUUGAUCCUCUUAUAGAAGACUAUGCUUAUAUAACACGAGGUGUACAAGGUGUAGAAAUACUAAUCUUCGAUCCGACGCACUACGCGGAUACGAACAGUGGCAGAGUGUCGCAGCGGCUGGCACAGCCGAGCCAAUCUGUGCACCUGGGCCUCAGAUCUACAAAACAAAUCGCUACACCCGAAGUGCGCAAAUACAGCGUCGAAACGCGAGGAUGCCUCUUUCGCGACGAACGUAAGAAAGAAUACAAAGGCAUGUAUUCAUAUAGUGCGUGCAUCUUAAACUGUCGAAUAAGAACCAUACACUCACUAUGCGGGUGUACUCCAUACACUUAUCCUAUAGUUUCGGACAUGCCUACUUGCACUUUGGACGAAUUACCGUGCCUGAAUAAAUUUAAAGAAAAGCUGCUUCUUUUAUAUCCGAUGCGCACAAAAUUUACACAAGGCCUAGAUAGAGAGUUUCAGGACUCGUUGUACUGCGAAGAAUGUUAUCCAGACUGCGAAUUCACAAGGCACGACAUCAAAUCUUCCAAAAUCAACCACCAACAAGAAUACAUUAAACGCUUUAAUUUAUAUGAUGGUGAACUACAUACCUUGAAUAUAACGAAUAAAUGUUUCGUGUCCAUAUAUCAAUCCUCAUCCCAUGGGACCUUGAAUCGCUUGGACGCGGUACGGUACUGGUAUGAACUAGUUAGUAGCGUCGGUGGUGUAGCUGGAAUUUUAUUAGGAAUAUCUAUAGUCAGCGUAUUUGAAGUUCUUUAUUUUUUUAUUUUAAAAUUCCUCAUUUUAGUUGUAAAGCUAUAUUUGAAGAGGAAACAAUACAAUGCUCUUAAAUGCUAA